UCAAUUUUUUAUGGUCAUUUGUUAAUCAAAGUUGAAGCAGUAAAGGUUGAAAAUGAGCUAUUUAAGCUUUUUAAGGAAAUUGUUCAUAAUUUUCUGCAUUGUUCAACAUUCUCAACCAGCAACUCUAAAUUGCAAAUAUGAGCAACUUUACAGAGUUUAUUUUGGCUACGGCUACCAUUGUGAAGUGAUAAAUCUUGAAAUUUUCAGCAAUUCAUCAACUUUCGAUGCAGAAAUUGGAGAUCAUAAGGAUGGAAAGUGCAACAAUGACGUAGUUUGGGUCAUAAUGGUUGAAAAUUCCGUAAAUCAACACUCAAUGCUUUCAUUUCCAAAAGGUUUUAAAAUAAUUUAUCCAAAUUUGAUCGCAAUUUCCAUAAUGAACAUGGGACUGAAAAGAAUCACAGCUGAGGACUUGAAGCCGUUUCCGAAUUUGCAGCAUUUGAUCCUCUGGAAAAAUAAUUUAACAUUUAUUGAGGAAGAUUUAUUCCAGCAUAAUCCAGGAUUAGAGUCAUUAUCAUUAUCUAGCAAUCAAAUUUUCCACAUUGAUCCGCAAGUUUUGAGUCAUUUGGGAAGUUUGAAGUGGUUAAGACUUGAAGGGAAUAGAUGCAAUGGAACGGUUGAGAUUCAAGAUGCAACAAGAAGAGACAGAGUUGUGAAUUUAGUGAAAAUUAUUGAAGAUGGCAAUUGUGUCAAUUAUCCAGUAAGGAUUCAAAGUUUGAAGAAGGAAAUUGGAAUAUGGAAAGGAAAAUUUGAAGAAUGUGAUGAAAAUGUUUUGAAAAAUUGAAAAAUUUUUAUAAAAUUUUAAAU